AUGGCUGCGCCCCGCCCCGCCAUGGCUCAGGCCGCGCCGCCCCCGUCCCUGGUCGUCGCCAAGACCAUGCUCACCGCCGCUCUGAUGCGCGCCGACCCUGCGCCCGUCGCCAAAGACGACAUCCAGAGCUUCCACAGCCUGCUCGACGCAGCCAUCCUCACCUGCUCGCCCGCCAAUCUCCAGAACUGCAAGGAUUGGCUACUGAAGAACACUGUAACUUCCCAAAAGCGCUUCGAUGCCCUGGCCAAGUACCUGGCCAGGCUGGUCCAGAGCUUGGCCGACGAGCCCGCUCCGUCCAGCUCUUCCAAGCCCCAUGCGCCCUCCAGCCGGCGCAAGGUGCUGCAUGUGCUUUACCUGCUGCAGGAUCUUGUGCACCACCUCGCCACUCACGACGCUCAGCUCGCCCAGCUGGUCAAGCCUCUCGAGCCACAUCUCGAGCUGAUCUUCACCACUGCUUUGUCGCUUCAGCUACCAGGCAAGCCGAAGCUGCGCCAGCGCCUUUCUAAGCUCACCGCGCUGUACCAAGACACCAACCUCUACAGCGAAGGCUACCGCGACCGUAUAUGCAAGGCUCUGAAGGAUGCAGCCGUCCCCGCUCCCGCCAAGCCUGCUCCAACAAAAGCUCACGCAAUCUCAUCCUCCAAAGAAGUCCCAUACGUCCUUCCAGCCUUCCACGGAGAGCCCGAUGGCCCAUGGUACGACUUGCCCGCCGGUGCCCUCAUGCCGCACAUCCGUCCAAACGACCCUCGGCCCAUCAAUCCUCACAAUAUCAAGGCGGUGGAUUUGAGGAACAAAACCGCCGAGAUGGGCCUGAUAAAUGCCGUCAAGGACCUCUUGGCCUACUCCGAGAGUCUCUACACCGAGGACGAAGGCAUUGUGGCUGACAUUGACAUGAUGGGCCAACCGCUGAUCCGCGACGAGCUCACUGGCGAGAUCACCGUCACCGAGGGGUACUACGGCUGGUCGGUCGAGUUUUGCGAGAGAAUGAAGAAGAGGAGAAAGGAGAUGAAGUCGAGGGAUCGUGGUGGCAGGUCUGGCAGGAGUCAGAGCAUCUCUUCCAGAAGUCGUAGCAGGAGCAUCAGUGGGGAUCGCGGUAGGAGUAGGUCUCGGGAGAGGAAGAGGCGAUACAGCCCAUCCCGGAGCAGGAGUCGCAGUGAAAAGCGUCGACGGGAUACGAGUCGCUCGUACUCCCGGCCAAGGACUGGCCUUGGUGGCGGUCCUAGAGGUUCACCUUCGCGAUCUCCUUACCGUUCCCGUUCGCGCUCUCAGGGCCGGAACCGCAACUACCGCCGAUCACCUCCACCCUCGCAUAGAAUGGGAUCUGGCCAAUCCCCGCCAUUCUCCCAGCAAGCUCCGCCCCACCCGUACCCUUCCCAAGGGCAGCCGUUUCCUCCGCCGCCUCCGCCUCAACAAUUCCCCGGCCAAUUCCCAAAUUUUGCUAACUUUCCUCACCCUCCCCCGCCUCCGCCCAAUUACAGUGGCCCUUGGCCACCGCCACCGCCACCACCAAUGGGUCCCAAUGGCAAUUUCAGCCAUCAGUUCCCCCCGUUCCCUCCACAGCAACCAAAUAUGCCUAUGGGUUAUCCGAUGCCGGGUGUGCCGCCUCCGCCUCCUCCGCCCAAUUACCCACCUGGCCAGCAUUGGCAACAGCAACAGCAAGCCUGGAGUCCCCCACAACAAGGCGGUGGUCAACAGUGGCAGCAGAACAAUGGAUAUGACCGUGGUCGUGGACGGCGGUACUAA